AUGCGCACCACUUCCCCACAAUGUGACUUCGACACUUCGAUUUUCAACGGUCAUUUGCUCAUCGAUCUAUUCGUAUUUGAUAAAUGUUUUACUUUAACAAUGUCGAUUUCUUUAAAUAGAAUCGUCAUUUUCAACUUUAAGUCGUUCGGCGGAGAAACGGUAAUCGGUCCCAUUCAGCCGUUUACGGCAAUAAUUGGUCUAAAUGGAGCCGGAAAAUCAAAUAUUGUGGACGCUAUAAGUUUUGCAUUAGGGGAGGGAUUGACUGCUUUACGUGUUAAAUAUCUCAGCGAACUCAUUUAUGGAAUUUCUACUAGAGAAUCAAUGAUGGAACGCGCUAUGUAUGUAAAAUUGAUUUUUAAUAUAAAUGCUGUAGACGGUAUUAAGAAAAAGAGUUUUACAAGAGCAGUUCGUGGUGGAACUUAUCAAUACAAAAUAGAUAAUAAGAUUGUUACGAACAUAUGUUAUAUGACUGAAUUGCGAGAAAUGGGUUUGGACAUAAAAGCAGAGAACUUUUUGAUACCUCAAGGUUACAUCUCUUGUGUCGCAAUGAAAAAACCGAAAGAUCUGGCCAUAAUGUUUGAAAAGAUUACUGAUUCAAAUAAGUACAAAGCAGAUUAUGAUAGGAGAGUUGAGUUUUUACAAGAUAAGGAAAGAAAAAUCAAAUCGCAAAUAGAUCAGUAUCUACACGACAAGAAGAAUGUGAUAAUUUUACUGGAAGAUACAAAAUCGCAAUUUAAGUCAUUAUCCAGUUCCCUCGAAGAUAUUGAACAAGAUAUUCUGAAAAUGAAAAAUAUUAUUGAACAGAGGAAGACAGAACACAUUAUUUUCAAGGAUAAAAUUUUAUAUUGGCAGAAAAAACGUGAAAGCGCUCGCAUAUCUCUAGACAGUGCGAAUAAAGCGCGUGAUGCUAACAAAAAAAUCAUACAAGAAUUAAAUAAUGAAUUAGAACGAAUAAACAACGAAUUAACAGAAUUAAGGAAAGCGUCACAGACGAGUACUAUAGAACUCAGUAACUCUCAGGUUAAACGUUACAUGGAAUUGACGAACGAAGUUGAAUUUCGAGCACAGAAUUCUGUAAAACAAAUAAAAAGCUUGAUGCAUGAUCAGCGAGAAGAUCAGGCUAAACUUGAUAAUGAAAAUAGAUGUAAAGAAGAAUUAGAGGAUAAAGAAAAGCAGAUGAUAUUAAAGAAAGUGAAUCUCGAAACGCGAUUCACAAAAUUACAAGAUUCAAGUACCAAAUCCAAAACAACUUUAAUGGAAAAAAUAGCAAAAAUACAAGAACUGAAUCAAACAAUUACUGAAACAAGGAAUAAAUCGUUAAAUCUAGAGAAUGAUAUUGUAAAGAUUACAGAGGAGCUUUCUGAGGCAGAUAUUGAUAAGAAUAAUAUUUUGUAUAAAAAUAAGAAAAAUGAAACAAUCAAUAUGUUGAAACAGAUUUACUCUGGCGUGUAUGGUCGCUUAUUUGACUUAUGUAAACCUAUUCAUUCACGUUAUAAUGUUGCUGUAACUAAAGUUUUUGGUCAAUAUAUGAAUGCCAUUGUCGUUGAUACUACGCACAUAGCAAUUCAUGCUAUAGAAGAACCGCAAAAUGUUAAGUUAUUAUAUGAUGUAUUGAAUAUUUUAUCACCACAUAUAAAUAAUGCGAUUUUAUUUGUCACUAAAAAUACUCUAGUUUGCGAGACUAGUGAACAUGCAAGAAUGUUAGCAUAUCCUGAUGAUAAACGGGAAGCAUAUGAUUGUGUUUCAUUGGACGGAUGUUUUUAUCGUAAAAAAGGUCUAAUAUCUGGAGGACUGGCUGAUUUAACUGUAAAAGCAAAACAAUGGGAUGAACAACGAAUACUAACAUUGAUGGAACAAAAGGUUGCACAAUUAAUGCAAGAACUCAGAAAUUUACCUAAAAUUUCUCUUAUGCAAUCUGAAGUUGAUAUAAUUAAUAUAGAAAUUAAUGCACUCGCACGCCAAAAUAAAUAUGUGGACACAGAUAUAAAAGAUGCUGAAAAUGAAAUUGUUAAGAUACAGAAGGAAUUAGACAUAGUUGAGAGAACAAAAAUUGCAUUAAAUAAUGAAAUCUUUGCCGAUUUUUGUAACAAUAUUAAUGUGCCGGAUAUUAGCUACUAUGAGAAGAAUAAUUUGCGAAUUUAUCAAGAGAAAAAAACGAGGCAAUUAGAGCUUGAGCAACAAUAUAAUCGUAUCAAAGAUCAAUUGGGCUUCGAAAAUGAGAACGAUAUAGAAAAUAAAGUAUUGAAAUGGCAACAAGCUAUAGAACAUGCUGAUACAGAAUGGAAGAAAAUGUGUCAGCAAGAACGUCAUGCAAAGAUUAAAGUUGAGCAAAAAGAAACAAAAAUGUCGAGAUUAAAGGAUAAUUAUACAAACGUGGCAAAGGAUUUGGAGGAUGUGACAAAAAAAUUAGCUGAACACAAAUCGCAAAUUAACGUUAAUGGAAAAUUAUAUUUGGAGAGUCAGAAGGCACACAUUGCUAUGGAAGAUAUUAGUAUUCCAAUGUCAAAAACACAUUGUACGUUAGAAGAAAACAUUUUUACAAGUAGCUCAAGUUCAAGCAUAGAAUCGUCAGGAGAUUGUUGUGAAAUCUUAACAAAAAUUGAUUUCUCGCAAUUUCCUAAAGAAAUCUGCAAUUUUACAAAUGAACAAUUACGAGACAUGUCACUUCAACUUUUUGAGAAGAUUACGGAAAUUGAGAAUGAAUUUGAUGAUUUAGUAAAUCUUAAGGUUGAUGAAAAGAUCGAUAUUAUAAAGCAGCGAAUGCAAAAAAUAAAUACGAAUCUUCGAAACUAUCGUAAUAAAUACGAUGAAAUAAAAAUGCAAUUUGAAUCAGUGAAGGCAAAGAGGUACAAAUUGUUUUCAGAUUGUCUGGAACGCGUUACUGCAGAAAUAGAUCUUAUAUAUAAAAAUUUGGUUAAUAACACAUCGGCUCAAGCAAUUAUUUUAUCAGAUAAUCCCGAGGAACCGUAUGCAAGCAAUAUAAUUUAUAAUUGCAUAGCACCACAUAAAGGCUUUCAACCAUUGCAAUAUUUAUCUGAUGGAGAAAAAUCAAUGGCUAGUUUGGCAUUAUUAUUUGCAAUUCAACGUUAUAGGCAAAUACCGUUUUUCAUUAUGGACGAAGGUGACGCGGCUUUAGAUAAAGUGAAUAUUAAGAAUGUUGUUUCUUUUAUUCGGUCCCAAGCAACCCUUAUGCAAUUCAUCACGAUAUCCUUACACAAAGAAUUAUAUCGUAAUUCUGAUGCACUUGUAGGAGUUACUGUUGAAAGUGACAUAAGCUAUUCCAACAGUCAAGUAUUUGCCAUUUCAUUAAAUGGAUAUUGUAAAUCAAAGUGA